UGUUCCACACGACGAGGCCAGCACCGGCCAAAUUUCAGAGUUCAAAGGUUUCGAGAGCGAAGCAGAAAAUGUCGGAAACUGCAGGAAAGGUCAUUGAGUGUAAAGCUGCUGUGGCAUGGGAGGCCAAGAAGCCCAUGGUGAUCGAGGACAUCCAGGUGGCCCCACCUAGGGCAGGUGAAGUCAGGGUGAAGGUCUUACACACCGGAGUUUGUCACACUGAUGCUUAUGUCCUUGAUGGCUUUGAUCCUGAGGGUAUAUUUCCCGUUGUCCUUGGCCAUGAGGGUGCGGGUAUUGUAGAGAGCGUUGGCGAGGGUGUCACCAGUGUACAAGCAGGGGAUCAUGUUAUUCCACUGUACAUACCCCAAUGCUACGAUUGUAAAUUCUGCAAAAGUAAAAAGACAAACUUGUGUGGCAAGAUCAGGUCUACACAAGGUGCAGGUUUGAUGCCAGACGGAACAUCACGCUUCACAUGUAAAGGAAAGACACUGUUCCACUUCAUGGGAUGUAGUUCCUUCAGUCAGUACACAGUAGUAGCCGAGAUCUCUGUCUCCAAGGUUGUUCCUGAAGCACCACUGGAUAAAGUCUGCUUGCUUGGCUGUGGUAUCUCCACUGGGUAUGGAGCAGCUCUCAAUACGGCUGGGGUGGAGCCAGGUUCUACAUGUGCUGUGUGGGGGUUAGGAGCUGUUGGAUUAGCUGUCAUGAUGGGUUGUAGAAAGGCUGGAGCUUCUCGUAUUAUUGGUAUCGACAUCAAUCCUGCAAAGUUUGAGCUAGGCAAACAGUUUGGAAUGACUGAAGGUGUGAAUCCAAAGGACCACUCAAAACCAAUUCAGCAGGUGUUGUCAGAAAUGACUGACGGAGGAUGCGAUUAUACCUUUGAGUGUAUCGGCAAUAUUGCAACCAUGAGGGCAGCGCUUGAGGCAUGUCAUAAGGGAUGGGGUGUGUCCACGAUCAUUGGUGUGGCAGCAGCAGGUCAGGAAAUCUCUACACGACCAUUUCAACUAGUCACUGGACGUGUGUGGAAAGGAUCAGCAUUUGGAGGGUGGAAGAGCAGAGACAGUGUUCCUAAAUUGGUUGAGGAAUACAUGAACAAACAGAUGAUGGUGGAUGAGUUUAUCAGUCACAACCUUCCACUGUCAGAAGUCAAUUCCUCAUUUGACCUUAUGCACAAAGGUGAAAGCAUCCGAGCUGUUUUAAACCUGGAUUAAAUGACGGCCAUUGCACUUACUUCAUAUUAACACAAAGAACUCAAGAAGGAAGAAUGCCACUGUUUCUUUAUAGACAGGAUAUAUUGACAGCUACCGGCAAUAAUUGCUAUCAAAAUUUUGUUUUCCAUGCAAAAUAAUGAACAUCUUAACAAUGACUUUUGUGGACGUUUUAAUUAAUGCAAUCAUUAAUGAAUAAUGAAUAUUACUAUAUAUGGUGGAAGUUUAACAUUUCUUGUUGAAAGGACUGUAGUAUGAAUUAUACUUUUUAUGAUGUUUCUUAAGUUCGCGGAAAAGCAGAUGUUUUUUGUUUCUUGUUUGUCAAUGAUAUGGAGGCUUAGAACAGAAAGCUCUCCUAUUCAGUGGAAAUCACUUGCAGAGGGUUUUAUUGCAUAGGACUCAAGAUUUAACUUUUUCUACAAAAAAGUUGUAUGUGAGUUUUUUCCUGUAUUAGAACCUGUACAUGUAUUAAUAGGUGAUUUGUGUGAAGGUCGAAACAACAACAUACUUAAUUGUUACAUGUACCCCUUGUUUGUAGAUUUGAAACUUUAAAACAGUGUUAAAAUUUCUUGUUUUACGUUCGCUAUCACUAUUACAUAACAUUUACUAGAAAUAAGAAUACAAGAAUUGCAGAUUUUAAACAUUGACAGGAGUGUCAGAUGUCGGAUAAUUUUUCAGAGCUUCGAUGAGAAACUUUUCAUCCUUCAGUAAGACCCAGAAACAUUCCUUUUGUUACAUAUUCCAGUUAUCAGGUAGUUUACCACUAAAUAAGAUCACAGUGACAGUAAUGACAAGGUGUUUCACUAUACAAGAAUGUUAACUAGGUAACUGUGUAUUAUAUGAUGUUAAAAACAAUAUUGUAUCGUUAUAUGUGAAGCAGUCCAAUAGACCAAUCAUUUUCAUUGUGUGAUCAAUUGAGUUUGAACAUCAAAGAAAAUUUUCUAUAAACUAUAACAACAUCAUACAGGACUUCAUCUGAUGAAUUUAUCAAAUAUCUGCUGAAGAUUUUUUGUGCUUUUAGUUUCCCAUACCUCCAGUUUUGUUUGUAUGUCAAACUUUAAGUGGUUAUGAUGUAUUCUACAUGUAAUGCAUUUAUAUGACUGUACCACAUUUUAUUGUUGGUAUGUGACCAGGAAUCGGAGCAUUUCAUAAAUAUGAUAUUUACAAUACCAUUAGAGCGGUACUAAACUUUUUUCAAAUCUGAAUCAUAUUCUUGCCUGUUGUUGUUUAUAAUCUCAUAUUUUACCUUUGUAAAUGCUAUGCCAUAUUGAAGGUUUGAAAAUGUGUAAAAGACUUGAUUAUUGUUUUGAAUUGAAAAGUUUAUGUUUUUUUUUUUAACUUUAAAGUGUGUAUUUCUUUCACCUUUAUUGAUAGUAUGCAUUUGUUCCGAUUUCUCUACCUAACCCUGAACAGUGUAGAAAAUUCCUUGUUUAUUGUGUGGCUAACCUGCAAGUUGAUCUAGUGAUCCUUUUGGAAGAAGAAUUGUCUUUUCUUGAAACUGAUACAAAGUCAUGUAUGAUAAUGGUUCUAUUUUGACUUUUUUUGCUUGAUUUUAACCCACUAUUCUGAUGAGCUAUAUUCUGCUUAAAACUUACAGUUGGCGGAUGUGAUUCUAUCCAAAGCUACAGCUAUACGAUGUACUAGAGAAUUGAAAUGAUUUGAUUCGAUGAUUAGAUGGUGCUGCCUUACCUGUAUUGUUGUACACCUCUUUACUUAUAUGUAUCUUGGUCUAAACAAUACGAUAAAAAAACACCAUGAAAUGUAAUCAUGUAUUCUACAUUAUCAAUGUGAUUAUAAGUUAUUUUAUUUUAACAAAAUAAAAACUGGAAAACGC